UAAGGCAUGAAUCAUGAGUUACUUCUAGGUUUUCACCUUAUGUCGUAUUUAUUCCAGUUUGUAGGCAGUGAAAAAAGUCCCAUUAAACACACCUGAUUAGAGGGACUGUUAAAAAGGUCCUACUUGUUUGCCAGGGACUUUCAGCCAGAAUUCCAGGAGGCUUCGCCCCUCCUCUGCUGCCCUGUCUCCGUGUCAGUGGAGCACAGACAGGCAGCAGCUACGCGGAAUACGGCGCUCCGCCGACGUCGUUCUGCACUAUUUCCUCUGGCAUCGCUUCUCUGAGCGCCGCGUGAGCCCGUGAGCGCUGGAUGCGCACAGUUUGCCGGGAGAUCAAGGCGGCCCCCGAGGUGACAGUAGAAAUGCCUGUGCACACGAGGGUGUAACCGAAGGGGAUCAAGGCCCAUGGGAGGAGGGUCGGGGAUUUCUGAAGUCACGCGAAACAAAGGCUCCAUCCUUUGGCAUAAUGAUACUGGAGCUGGUGCUGUGAGUCCAACAUGGAUGUGAAGAAGGAUGAAGGUGGAGGGCAGUGGUGCUACAGGAGCAGGUUCAUAGCUGCGCUCUUCUUCUUCCUCUUUCUAGGCGUCUUUGUAGGUCUCCUCUUUGCGUUCCUAGUGCAGGAGCAGCAUUAUUUCAUGGAGACAGUGGAGCUGCAGGGUCUGACGUAUGAUCCUGUUUUGCAGGAUCCAAACUCCGCUUUUUCUAUUGUGCUGUCCUCGGUUUUAAAGAAAAAGAUUAAAACUGUCUUCACUGCCUCUUCAAUAUCACAUCACUACAUCGACUGUAGCAUUGUUUCCUAUGGUAACAUUAAUGGUGACGUCAUGGCGACGUUCAGACUGGUCUUCAGGGUGUCCAAGGUCCAACAGUAUUCAGAUAAGUACGUUCAGGACUUGCUGAGAGCAGGACUCAGCACAGCGUUGGACAGGAAUCCUCUACUGGUGCCAGAGUUUGGACGGAUCAGCGCUAUCUUCUUACUGGGAGCUAGUGGGAAGUCAUUCUAUGCUGUUGGACAUGAGCUCAUCGGCAGGUGUCCUGACAUGUUCAUCUGUGACAACGGGGAAUGUGUCACCAAGUUAAAUCCCGAGUGUGACAACGUGGCCGACUGCACAGAUAGCUCGGAUGAGGCUCAUUGUGCGUGCGGGACACGUCCUGCCAUGGCGAGCCGGGUGGUGGGCGGCGAAGACGCCCGGCGCGGAGAGCUGCCGUGGCAGGUCAGCCUGCGGCUCAACGGCCGCCACACCUGCGGAGCCUCCGUCAUCAGCGAGCGCUGGCUGGUCAGUGCGGCGCACUGCUUUGAGAGGAAUAACGACUCCAGGGAGUGGACGGCCCUCGUGGGCGCCAGCCUGGUGGGCGGAGACGAGCCCCAGUCCAAAACCAUCAACAUCAAGUCGCUGGUCGUGUCCCCCGACUACAACCCCACGACCACCGACAGCGACGUGACCGUGCUGGAGCUGGAGGCGCCGCUCACCUUCAGCUCCUACAUCCAGCCCGUGUGCCUGCCCUCCCCGUCGCACGUCUUUGUUCCCGGCCAGAACUGCAUUGUGUCGGGCUGGGGCGCGUUAAGCCAGUAUAACGCUGAGGCGCCUGCUACGCUGCAGAAGGCAGUGGUGAAAGUCAUCGACUCCAAGGUGUGCAACAAGUCGUCCGUGUACAGCGGCUCGGUUACUCAGAACAUGAUGUGCGCCGGGUUCCUGCAGGGCAAGGUGGAUUCGUGUCAGGGCGACUCCGGGGGGCCGCUGGUGUGCGAGGUGACCCCGGGGCGCUUCUUCCUGGCUGGGGUGGUGAGCUGGGGUGUGGGCUGUGCCCAGGUCAACAGGCCCGGGGUUUAUUCCCGGGUCACGAAGCUUCGCAACUGGAUUCUGAGCCACGUCAAUCCGAGCUUGGUCCACGGUUUCGCCCAGCACGUUCCGACGGCGCCGGCCACCGCGGUCGACGUGGUAUUGAAUAGUAAUUCACUAGCGCCCAGAACCGUAGCCACGGUCGAGCUGCCAGCACCAACACAACCAGGUUUGAACUGCAGUGGAAACUUCCAGUGCAGCAUCACCUCCUGCAUCAGUAAGGUCAACCCAGAGUGCGACGGAGUCCCGGACUGCCCCAACCAGGCGGACGAGAGGAACUGUGACUGUGGCGUCCGCCCGGCGCUGGGCUCCCACAGGAUCGUGGGCGGCGUGACGGCUCGCAGGGGCGAGUGGCCCUGGAUCGGCAGCCUCCAGUACCAGAGGCUCCACCGCUGUGGCGCCACGCUCGUCCACAAGAAGUGGCUGCUCACGGCGGCGCACUGCUUCAAAAGCGACCCCGGCCCGGCUAACUGGGCCGUGAGCCUGGGCUCUGUGCUGCGCUCAGGCGUGGGAGCCCUGGUCAUCCCCAUCCAGAGGGUCAUCGUGCACCCGGCCUUCAACGGCACCAGCAUGGAUUUCGACGUCGCGCUGCUGGAGCUGGCGGUGCCGGCCCCCAUCUCCUACACCAUCCAGCCGGUGUGUCUGCCCUCCCCGGUGCACCACUUCCUGAAGAACGCACAGUGCUACAUCACAGGCUGGGGCUCCAUACGGGAGGGAGGCUCCUUGACCAACCUGCUGCAGAAGGCACCGGUGAACAUCAUCGAGCAGGCCGAGUGCCAGGAGUCGUACGGAGCCGUGCUGACCAGUAACAUGAUGUGUGCUGGUUACAUGGAGGGAGGCCGCGACACCUGUCUGGGAGACUCUGGAGGGCCGCUAACCUGCCGACAGCUCUCGGGCCAGUGGUUCAUUGCAGGGGUGACCAGCUGGGGACACGGAUGUGGGAGAAUUGGUUUUCCGGGGGUUUACACUCGCGUGACGUCGGUCAGGAAAUGGUUAUCUACACACCUGCCGUUCUGAAGGGACACAACAGCGAGGAAAUACACGAUGGAAUUAUCCUGAUUGAUUGAUUGUACUGUACAAGGACUAAAGUCAUGCCACACACACACACACACACACACGUUUUAUCAGUGGUGACCUGUGUAAAAUACUCUUCAUAGGUGCUGUUUGUGAUACUGUGCCAUCAUCAGAACCCAUUUUUCUAAACACAUGAAGACAAAUGGAGAAACUGGACAUUCUGCUAGCAACGUAUGAUUCGUGUAUUUAUUUCAGUUAUUUAUUUUCCUGACUGGUAAUCAUACUGUACUGUGUGUUUUUAGUGGGGUUCUGAAUAUUUGUGGGAGAAUUAUAGGUACAGAGAAAUUUGCUUGGUUUUUGUAUCUAUCACAGGAUGCAAUGUUUUUGAAAUAUGGGGAAGAUUCAGUAUGAGUAUAUGAAUUCAGUAUGAAAAAGUGAUUUUAAGGAAUUAACUUUUACCUCGAUAAAUUCUACUUCUGGUGACGUUUCAUUGACACACAAGGAUGUGAUUGACAGGAUUUAAUGAUUUCCUGAUGAAAAUCUCUCCAGUUGCUCAGAGCCAUACCUUGCAUCACAGUACAACUCACAUUCAUUUGCUUUUCUGGAUGUUACUUCCCUAAUCAGACCGAGUAGGAUAGGGGAGAAGAAAACGUUUUGGGUUCCCAGACAUCUGACAAAGCUGAGAAAGGUUCACUACCCAGUCGACAGCAAGGCAGACCCCGCUGAAACAAGCCUGCUACUGUGGAGGGCAGCAGAUAGAGUGACUACCAGAAAACAGGUCAGACAAAACAGUUUUGUUCUCCAGGUGUACUUUGAUAUAGGACUGUUUGAAGGCCUGUGAAUGUCAGGUUCAGAGCUAUAAAAACACCAGGAUGCACCCUGGAUAUUCCUGGUGAUUUUUAAGUAGCGCAAGAGCAAGUUAGGGAAACCCUGUAGGGUCCCUUAAGAGCUCCGGUUGUGCCACCUAUAUUCUCUAUGCACAAAUGAGUCUCUAUGGCUUCACAGUGAAGCGAAUGGAAAAUAAAACACUGCUGACAGUGUUUAAGGAGCAGCUGUAGAAAUUGAGAGAUGCCAGUACAGUUAUCAGGUGUCCUUAUUAUACAGACAAAAAAGACUCAACCCUAAUUGCAUGACAGGUAUAUUGACGCGAUGCUAGGCAACAAACUGAUCAGUAUAAUAGUUUCUAAACUAAUGUUUUUCAGCACUCAGGGUUACAGCAUAUCCCUGCAUGUAAAAUGUCAGCUGGGAUACGCUGGGCAACACAAAGGUCCUUUCAUGUCUCACGUCUACACCCAUCUCCUAACUGAGGUUAUUCAAAUUAUAAUUAAUAUUUAAAAAAAGCACAUUUGUUACAGGACUGUUCCUCGGAGCAAACUGAAAGUGUCCACGGGGAUAUUGUUGAGAGUCCACAGGCCCUCUUGCCUGUCUGUGAGGUUUUGGGACAACAGCUGCUGCUGAUGUGCUGCUGCCUGGCACAGCUCGUCACCUCCACGGCUGGUCUGUGCUGCACCUCGGCGACGGUCAGCAGCUCCAGGAAGGGUGAAUAAAGAGACGAUCACAUACGA